UUUUGGUGGUCCACUUCGAAGACGUUCUUCAAACGACAAACAACGCCUGCCUUGGAUUCACGUGCACGCGGGGGCGUUAUGAUAAUCCACAGCCGAUAGCUGCGCCUAACUGUGGAUUAAUUUGUUGCUCUGCAUUUGAAGCAACUCGAGCACCAGUUACUCCCCGACCUGCGUUCGUGUCACCGGCUGUUUACACCGACCUUGAAUACACAUUCAUCAGCACACAAAUACGACAACGCCGUGAUAACGAUGACAUAGAUCACACAGUAACAAUAACGAUACGAUGACAAGUUAAAUACUAACACGAUAACAGCAACACAAGACCAGUUCAUCUUUAAAAAAGGGGGUGGGCGGGGGGAUGGGCUUGAUCUAAGUAUUGAGUCUGUUGACAAGCGUCCUUUACGCAACAGCCCACAGAUCGACACACACGCAAAAACAGCCACUCGCAACCCGGGCGAGGUGGACACUGGACAACGCAUUCAAAUCUACCGUGGCAGGAGGAGAGGGAACAGGCGAGGAAGAGUCGAUGAUCCGCUGGAUGAUUGAGAGGCGGGUGUUAAUAGAUUUGCCAAGAGGAAAGCACUGCCUUUCGAGGUGAGCCUUUCUCGUUAGUCUUUACCCCCCCCAUCUCCCCCGCCUCCCAUUCGCCUCCGGACUCUCCGUGCCACGUGUGACGCCUGACAACUUGCCAAGGGAACGCGGGGGAAGAUCGCGGGGCGGAGCAGGCGGCGGCGGCGGAGAGAGGCGCGCGCGCGCUAUAGCAGCUCUCAUCGCAGGGUCGGUUCCAGGCUGCGAUCAGCGCGCAAAUCCUCGAGCGCUUAGCGGCAGCAUUCAUCAGGAGCCCGGGCGGGCGGGCGGGCGGGCGCGCAGAUGGACGCGUGUGGAUUUACGGAGAGGCGCCCGACAAUGCGUCUCCUCCUCCUCCGUCCCCGGACGGAGCCCGCGGAAAAAGUAUGAUUUUACGAAGAACAGCUGCUGCAACAAGAUUGAUUUAAGAACCUUGCGCAGUUUCAGCCGUUAAAGCACAACGCAACUUGACGGCACGUUUAACAAAAUAGGAGAGAAAACCCCUUUACCAACAAUGGAGAGCCUGGCUGAGCUGCAGAACCCACUUCUUCCGGUCAACGGGUUCGACUUCUACAAGAAAAACGGCUUCGCGUACAACGAGCGGCCCCGACACUCGAACGGACUCAUCUCAAUCUACCUGAACUCUUGCGGCACCGACGACAACGACAACUCCACCUGCGUGUACCAGCAGCUGCUGGACCCCGGUGCACUCCUGACGCAGCAGCAGCAGCAGCUGCAGCACGGCAGCGGCGGUGAGAAGCGGCGACGACACCUCAGCUCGGAGUCAUCGCACGUGGCCCGCCUGCCGCCCAGCAGCAGCGGCGCCGCCGCCCCCGCCGCCGCCGUCGACGCGAACGAGGACGGCGGCUGCUCGCAGUACGGCGAGCCCCCGACGGAGAGCCUGCACUGCGAGACCACCUUCACCGAGGCGGCGGCGGCGGCGGCGGUGGUGGUGGUGGCCGGCGGCAGGGACAGCCUGAGCGGGAGUGCUAGUGACAGCGACAGCAGCAGCUGCGGCGGCAGCGGCGGCGGCGGCAGGAUGGGCUCCCCCACGAGGGCAGCCACCGGCUCGGCCGGAGAGCCUCGGCACAUCCACACCGUGUCCUACGAGGUGGACGAGGAGGGCGACUACCAAGACCUGCAGAGCGAUUACUCAAGCGAUACGGAGAGCGAGGACACCUUUUUGUCGUUACCACCUCGAGACCACCUGGGCCUCAGCGUGUUCUCCAUGCUCUGCUGCUUUUGGCCUCUUGGAAUUGCUGCCUUCUGCCUCUCGCAGCAGUCGAGCAAGGCGGUGACGAAGGGUGACUACCUGCGAGCCAACUCCGCCUCGCGACGCGCCCUCUUCCUCGCCAUCCUCUCCAUCACGGUGGGAACGGGGCUCUACAUCGGCACCGUCAUCGCCCUCAUCGCCUACCUCUCCAACAACGGCCACGGAUAACCGCCCGCCCCCUGGGCCGCCACGGCGGAGAGGCGGUGGCGGCAAGGAGGAGCGGCGUGGGGGGGGUGGGGGGUGGAAGAGGUGGCUCACUUGUGGACUUGUGGAGGGGGGAUCCGGAGGUAUCGUCAUCAUCAUGUGCUCCUCUGUCUUCAAACCCCCCCCCCCUCCUCCUCCUCCCCCGCCACCGCGUGCUAUUACCACCACGAUUCCCCCGACUGACUCGCUAAAAGAUGCUCAGAAAAACUAAGCACGUGCGAGAUUGUCAGUGCUGCGGCUGCCCCCCCCCCCUCCAUCGGUAUCCACUGCCCCCCCCCCCCCCCCCACAGAAUCCACCACAUCCAUAAUCUUGCAGAGUCAUCGGCUGCCGUCGCAUCGCAGAUGCGGUGCAAAGCCACGUCGGCCACAUCAGCCAACACUCUCCUUGAGCACCAAACUCUUGAUUGGUUCACAGUGACUCGACUCCGUUAACGCCAUUUGUGUUGCAAGUCGUACUUUGGCAAAACAAGAAAAAUAGUAUUUUUGUCACUGCACAAAGACGCAUUUUGUUUAAGAGUAUGUUAUAGUUAGGUAGCAAUGUUUUUUUUAAGGUCUGGUAUCGUAAAUUAGGCUCGUUUUUUUUUCUUUCCCAAAAUAUUUGAUAACUAAUGUUGGGCUUUACAUUCAGCUGGCAGUAACUGUCUUUGUGAAUGAAAAGUACAUAUUAUGCUCAUGGCAAUCAUGCUUAUGUCGUAGUCUUGCCUAAUCAUGGUACCGAAAUCAGCAUUAAUAUUUGUUUGGUUUGCUCAUCUUUAGCAAUCACGCCACUGUGUACAUGAGCGAAAUGUGCCCUGUCACAGGCUGGAAAUUGGUUUUGCUGAAUUAUUUUAGUAAUUUUACUUUUUCCUAAAAUGUUUACAUUUAAAUAACGUGAAGUGAAAUAUUUUACGUGAGCGUAGCCAAUCCAGAUACACAAUAUUGUAUUUUAAUGAAUAAAAUGUUCACCAACCACCUUUGCUGGAGGAGGCCAGUUUUAAGAUUAGGAUAUGGAAAUGGCGGUUCUGGUGUGAAAUGUAUACAUUUAUUAAUGGCUUAACUUAUUCAUGCAGAAUGGUACUUCACAGAUAAUUGAUGUUCAAGCCUCAUAUACUUUAAUAAGUUUAUAUGUAAAUUUUGAUUUAAAGCUUUCGUGACUGCAGUAAUUCAUAUUCUUAGUUUUUUCGGUAAAGUCACGUUGAAG